AUGAAUGAAAAUGAUUUUUCCAGUUAUUUAGUAAAUAUUCAGAAACAAUUCUUUAGUGGCGUUCCUGUUACAGAAAUUUCCUUAAAGGACAUUUGUUUUGAAAUUACAGAAGAAAAUGAGGCUAAAUUAAUUGAUGGUACGGUUAACCAUCCUAUUAUUCUGAAAUAUCCGGUUAAAUAUUCAUAUCAAACCAUUUUUCUAAAGAAACUACUGAGUAUAUUAGAAUCUGGAUCGACGUCGUCUGAAAUAGCAGACACAAUUUAUGAACAUUAUGUUCGAGUGUUGAACAGCAAGUCAGAUGUGUAUUAUAAACAUUAUUAUCUGAAUCAUAAUGAUAUUAUAACGUUAGAAGAAAAUCCAAAUUUAAUAUCUGAUGGAACAACUGGGCUAUGCACAUGGCAAGCAUCUCUUCAUCUUGCUGAGUGGUGUAUUCAAAACAAUCACUUAUUUGAUAGUAAAAACAUAUUUGAACUUGGAUCCGGUGUUGGAUUAUUAGGAAUAGUUCUUUCCAAAAAAACAACAGCCAAAGAAAUUUGGCUUUCGGAUUGUCAUUCUCAAGUGUUAAAUAAACUUUGCAAGAAUAUUAAAUUAAAUACAACUGAUUAUAAAAUUAUUGAUGAAAUCGAUUUGGAACAGUUUGAUUUAUUAAAAAGUGGCCGAACAUUAUUAAAAGCAGUGAGUGACGGUGUUGAAGGACAAAAAACUUUCGGUGUUAAACUUUUUGAUUGGGUGGAUGUAAGUACACCAGGACUUUUUAGUGAUUUGUUUUGUGAUUACGUACUUGCUGCAGACGUUGUUUAUGAUAGUAGCGUAUUUGAACAUUUGUUGCGGAAUGCAGAGACUUUAAAAUCAUUUUUGAAAACUAUUGAACAAACUGAGUCGUUACAUUAUCGAAAAUUGGACUGUGUAAAACCUAAAGUGUUAUUUUGGAACCAAGACACUCCAAUUGAAUUGUACGCUGUAUAUUCACGUAGAAGAAUAUUCAUCGAUUAUGGAGUUCCCAGAAAUGACACGAAAAGAAAUUAUUAUGGUGGCCAUUUGAUUUGA